CUCAAAAGUUCAAACGUGUAGUGAAAUUGCUGUUUUGAUAAAAGUUAUAUGUUGAAAAUUCUAAGAUGCCUCCAGAAAUUUGGAUAAAAAGUAAAGACAAUAAUAAUGGCGGAUCCAAAUCAAAUGAUGCCAGAGAUUUUAAAAUUGAAUCAGCAGCAACUAGCUUAUCUGGAUCCGUCGCUGUAAACCCACCUACCAAAGUUGUUACCGAUAAGGAGUAUCUAUCACGUGAAGGUCCUCGUAGGCGACUAUCAUCUCGUUCACGCUCUAAUUUGUGUUCACGUUCUCGUACUCGUAUGCGUUCCCCAUGCAGUCGUUCAUGUUGUCGCUCUGUAGAGCGUCCACGUCGUUCACGUUCUCGUGAAAGACGAGUUAGUGAACGUAAGAAGCCAAGGCAGAUUCGGAAAUCACCACAACCACCAUCAACAAGAGAUUCUCGUUAUAGCACCUCUCACGAUCGUCGUCGCGGUGUUAAACGUAAACGUGGCAUAGACGAUAGAUCACCACGUUUUAAUGAUGCUAUUAGUGUUGGAAGCAGUCGCAAACCGCGUGUUGCUCGAAAGGUUUCUCGGAGUAAAUACAAUUCAUCCGAACGCGGCAGAAAUAAAAUUUAUUCAUCACGCUCUUCGUGUAAUAUCCCUGAUCGCCAUCAACAUCCCCAUCCCCAUCCUCAUCCUCAUCCAUUUUCCCAUCCACUUCCACAUCUAGAGCACGAUAAUGUUACGCGUCAACGCUGUCGUGAUUUCGAUGAAAAGGGUUACUGCGUUUGUGGUGAAACUUGUCCCUGGGAUCAUGGUGUUAACCCAGUGGUUUUUGAAAACAUUAAUAAUACCGCUUUAAUCAGCAUGUCGUUACGUGAAUAUAACCCAGGUUCACCUGAUAUGUGGCCACGUUCAAAUCCAAAUAUUCCUUUGGUGGGUGAUACAGGUGCCAUUAUGACUAGAAGUCAUGGUGAUAUGAAUGCAGCUAACAUAAACCCAUUUACAGGCGUUCCCAGACCAGGUGUAGUGAUGGCUGGACCAGUUGUAUCAAACAGUGUUGCACCAAAUCCAAAUAUUCCUUUGGUGGGUGGUACAGGUGCCAUUAUGGUUGGAGGUCCUGGUGCUAUGAAUGCAGCUAACAUAAAUCCAUUUACAGGCAUUCCCAGACCAGGUGUAGUGAUGACUGGACCAGUUGUACCAAAGAGUGUUGCACCAAAUCCAAAUAUUCCUUUGGUGGGUGGUACAGGUGCCAUUAUGGUUGGAGGUCCUGGUGAUAUGAAUACAUCUAAUAUAAACCCAUUUACAGGCGUCCCCAGACCAGGUGUAGUGAUGACUGGACCAGUUGUAUCAAACAGUGUUGCACCUAUUGCUAAUUAUGCACGCUCUGGUGUUAGCGGUACAAUAGAUGUACCAAACAGUGCUGCACCUAUUGCUGAUUAUACACGCCCUGGUGUUAGUGGCAUAAUAAGUGUAUCAAACAGUGUUGCACCUAUUGCUGAUUAUACACGCCCUGGUGUUAGCGGCACAAUAGGUGUACCAAACAGUGUUGCUCCUAUUGCUGAUUAUGAACGCCCUGUUGUUAGCGGUACAAUAGGUUUUCGUGGUAUUACGCCGUUUUCAUUCAAUCAAUCUAUGUCUGCACCAUUACAGCGGGAAUUGAUUACCAUACCUGUUGUGGAUAUCAAUGUGGAAUCGAAUGCAAGCGAAGGAGGUGACAAUACGCAUCACGGUAAACGUCGUUAUGAAGGAGACGAUAACAAUAGUGAUGGAUCUACUCCAGGUAAAAUGCCUGUUAAAGCACGUAUUGGAUCACGUGUUCCACUUAUGCAAAGUAACUGUUCUCUUGAAUUACGCAAAGUUCCACGCGGUCGUAACACCAUAACCCAUCUUAAUAAUCACUUUAGCAAGUUUGGUAAAGUAGUCAAUAUACAGGUUUCUUAUGAUGGUGACCCAGAAGCAUCGAUAGUUACAUUUAAUGGACAUGCUGAAGCCAAUUUGGCCUAUCGCAGUACAGAGGCAGUGUUUAAUAAUCGCUUCAUUAAAGUUUUUUGGCACAAUUCAGAUGCUAGUGCCCAUAGCACUGCAACUGAAUCAACUGAAUUAACUGACCAACGUCGUAAAAGACAAUAUCACUUAAACAAUGUUAUAACCGCUUCUAAGCAAGCAGCUGAUGCAAAGAAGUCAUCAGCUCCAGCUACUGUUACUAGUCAAUCUGCAGUCAAAAGUAGUACUGCUACUAUUGCUACUAUUGCAGGUAAGCCGACUAUGACAUCAAUACGUGCAAAAAGCGUCAUACCACGAAACUUAUCGCCAGCCAUUCCCAAUGCACUGUUGCGUAAAAAACAAGGAGAACAACAUGAGGCCGCUGUACAAUUGGCAAACGGUUUGCGAAAACGUAAACAAGAAUUAAUGCAAAGCUAUGUUAAGCAAAUGAAGCAGGCACUCGAUUUAGUUGAACGUUGCGAACCUAAUGAUCCUCAACGUCAACGUACUCUUGACACAGUCAAGGUUUUACAGGAUUCUAUUGAUAAGUCACGCAAAGAUAUAAGUGCUGAUACAAAACAGAUGCAAGCUCAACUACUUAAUUAUAAUCUCAAUCACAACUAUACCCACUAUCAUAACAAUACCCUUAGCCGUAGCCAUAGCCACAGUCAUCAUAGCUACAACCAUCAACAACAACAGGCAACUCCACAAACUACCGCUGCAAUUAUCAAAAAGACCAAAGAGCAACAAAAGAAAGAGUUACUUGAUAUCGAAUUGGAGUUAUUUGCCCAGCAGCGAGAAGGCAAUGAUACUACAGCCAUACAGAAACGUGUUGAAGAGCUACAACGUAGUUUGGGUGUCUCCGCAAAUGGUGUGGGUCCAUUGCGUCACCCACAACCGAGCACAAGUGGCAAAGGUACACAUUAUGCAGGCAAUCGUCCAAAUCGUCCAAAUCGUGCACGAUCCAUGUAUGCAGAUGUUUCUACACGUGUUGAUCGUCGUCCAAAGACAAUCGUUAUUACUGGAUUUACAGCAGAAGAGGCUUAUUUUGUACUCGGACACUUUAAGCAUUUUGGUGAAGUUUUGAAGCACGAUAUCGACAAGAAAAUACCGCAAUUGAUUAUAACGUAUGCCACACGUUUUCAUGCCGAAUAUGCUAGUGUUCAUGGCAAAGUAUUUAAGAAUAAACGUUUGCAUAUUAUCUGGGCACCAGUAGUUACUGCUACCCCAGCAAAACCAACCGCUACUAUAACUGCUCCUCUAGCAGUUGCAACAAGUAGCUCAAUUGAAAAAGAAACUUCACGUUAUAAUGAUGUAGAAGUUAUCACAGAGUCUUUGGCUUCAGAUAAGAGUGAGAAAGGUUCUAGCGAUAGUGAGGAUAGGCUUUUAAGUACUUUACCUGAAUUGCGCUUCGAAGAUGAAGAAGAAGAUGAAGACGCUAAAGAUCGGUCAUGGCGCCGCUAAAUAUCAAAAUUUUAUAAUAUUCUUUACAUUUAACUUUUUAGUCAAAUACUUUCAAAAGUCAGUACAUAAAACAUAAAUGAUGACCACAAAAUAAUUUAAAUUUUAAUGAAGCAUUUCGAUGUGAUUUUAAAUACUACAAACUGAAUGUUUAUAUCUAAUAAAUAUCUA